AUGGAUAUUCAAUCUUUAUUAAAAUUGAAAGAAUUAAUCAACUGUAAUACAAAUAUCGCUUUUCACAUUCAAUAUAAGGAUGAGUUAAUUAAAUAUAUUAACCAACUUGAUCCUCAAGAACUAUCAGAUAAAAAUAUAUUAGAAAGAAAAUUAAAAAAUAUAAUAGAUUCACCCGAAAAUUUAUUGGAUAGAGAUUUGAAUGUUCAGGCCGACUUUUUAAAAUUAAACCCAAGGUGUGACCAUCCCCUUUUCAACUCAAUUAAAUAUCGAUUGGAAAAAAUCGAUGAUACCAAGACCUGUUUGAAUGAUAAAAAUGAAACUAUUGAAAGAAUUUUAAGUGGUCUAUCGGCUGGUUAUAAAAAUUCAAUAGAAAAUUUUGUAAAAAACGUACAUGUUGGUGCAGAUAUAUUCGAUAAGAAGUUUUAUUUAAUCAGUGAGGACCUAAACUACCGAGAAGUUUCACCAAAUACCGCAUUUAAUAUGUCCUCAUACUCCAAAGAGAAACUUAGUUUUUUGAAAACAAAUGAAAAUGGUGUUUCAUAUGGGAAAGAAGUAGGAGGGGUUUAUUAUAAAAUCAAUUAUGAAACCAAUAAACUUAGACCUCUUAAAGAAUUUGCUGUCUGGAGCUUUUUUACAGAUACUCUAAAACUUAAUGAAAAUACUCUGGUGUCACCAACUCAGCUAAUAGUACUCCCAGAAAUGGUUAUUUUUGAUCAUGAAUCUGAGGAAAAAAAUGUAAUUCAAAUGGAAAAACUAAACCUUGGUGUUGAAAACGUAGUUGAGGCUACUCUAAUUUCUCCAAAAUUAAAAGAAAUCAUCAGAAAAGGAUUCAAAAAAAAUAUUUCCUUUAUAAUGCAAGGCAGCCUUUUUCAAAAAGGUGAAACUCUUACUCAUCUGCUCAACCAAGAGAUUUCAAAAAGUUCAGAUUCAGCCCAAACCAUCAACAAUUUCCAUCACAAAUUAAAAGAACUAUCAAAUAACUAUGACUUUAUGUAUUGCUUUAGUGGUCAUAUCAUCGGUGCAUUAAUAUUACUCACAUCAGAUGCCAAAUACGACAACUUUAUUUUCAAUUUGGAAACAAAAAACAUCAUAGGUAUUGAUAAUGACAAAUGCUUAAGGAAUUUUGAAUUAAAAAAACAGAAUGGAAAAUUGUAUUUAAAGUUCAAGAAUGUUCUCUUUACAAUAAAAAGAUUAAUGAAUGAACCAAUCAACAGCAAAGUGAAAGAGCAACUCAAAAAAAUCAAUCCUUAUGAAAUGGUUCUAGGGUGGCUUUUGAAAAUCUACAACCAAGAGAUGUUAUAUAAACAACAAUUUGAAAAAAUAUUAUUUUUAAAUCAAAACUUCUCACCCAAAAUAAAAGAAUUACUAAGUAAUAUCAAAAUCCCAUUUAAAAUAUCAAUAGACACAAUCCCACUAUUAUUAAACAGAUUCAUUAAAAUCAUAUCAAUAUUAAAUAGGUCAGAUAAUAUAACCCAUACAAAAAUUUUCCAAGAGGUGUGCCCGCUUUCUCACUAUUACUAUGAAUGUUUUGAAAUAUAUUCAUCAUCUAUGGAGCAAAUUGACAGUAUAUAUAGAAGCGAUAUAGAUUGCUACCCAAAACCAGAGUUUGUCAAAGAAAUUAUAGAAAAACAUAACUUCAAUUCACCAAAGAUUAAGAUUUCCUUAAGAGAGGUAAUUUUAAAUUUUAUAUAUAGUUUAAAAAUCGACGAUUUAUUGUUACCAGAAAAUAAAUCUACAUUUUUAAAUAUCAUCAAAACUAUAAUCGAACUAUCAAACAAAGGAAUUAUCGACAAAAAUAAAAAAGUAUUUCAUAAAUCCUGGUACUUUUCUCUCAAUGAAUGGAUUAUACAAAUAAUAAAGGACGAAAAUGAAAACCAAAUUUGGGCAACUAUCGAUAGAAUUUUUCAAAUUUUAGAAAUAAAAGAACAACAUCUAAAUAAUGAAAAUUUUUCCAAACCGGUUAUCUAUUCUGUGGUUGAAAUGGUAAAGAAAGGAGAAGAUGAUCAAUUUACAUCAAAAAUCAGUAAAGCAAUAAUCAUACUUAGUUCUUACAAAGCAAAUAUAGAUAAAACUUUUAACAACUGUUCACCACUGGAUAUGAUCAAUGAAAAUCAAAAUAAGAAAAUUUUCGAAGAUUUGGUUAACCACAAUGCAAGCAUAGCAAAAACUAAAAAUAUAACAGACUAUUACUCAUCUUUAAGCUUUACAGAAAAAAUUCAACUGGACCCGGUUUUCAAGAGAUUAUCAUCUAUUAAUACAUCUAUUGGUUGGGAACUAUCUUUUGACCAUUUGUUUGAAAAAGUUGCACUGAAAUCAUCAAAAGAAGAGCCAAUCAAUUAUAGUGAAACCCUUUUACUAGGUAAUGGCAUUUCAAUAGAUGCCAGAAAAGUAACAGAAUACCAAGAUGAGUACAUAAAAGAUGAAUUACACCAAAUUCAAAUAAAAUUUUCACCUACUGUUCCAUCAAAUCAUAUCAUAUAUAAUGAAACCUUUAAAUCAUUGUUUGGUUCCAAUUUACCAUUUUAUAAAGUGGGGAUAUUAAAUUCGAAGCCAGUGUUAUUAAAACAAAGUAUUUCUGGUCAGCCUUUGAAGGAAAUAUUGGAUACAAAUCCAGCAAGUUUCAACUCAAAUAAAAUUAAUCUAUCAAGCUUUUCAAGGGUAUUUUUAAUGGAGUUACUAUUUUAUAGAAAAAAUGGAACAUUAAAUAACUUUUAUAUAGAUAUCUAUAAUAAUAUUGUUCCUGUCCAAAAUGAUUGUUCUUUUUUACCAUCAAAUUUCAAAAAUGGGAAAAAAACUUUCAUUCCAGAGUCUUGUAUCUUUUUAAUGGAUCAUAUGAAAAUGAAUGUAUCAAGUGAUAUAAGAAAAAUAUUUUUAGAAAAAAAUAUAAUGGAAUUAUUAAAAUCACUUUUAUCAGAUUUGCAAAAGAUACACAAUAGUCAAUGUUUAUUAUUUAAAAAAAACAAAAACAACUAUAUAGACAAAAUAGUAUUAAAAAAAAUAUUAGAUAGCAAUGAAACAAUUAUUGGUGUAAUAUUUUAUAAAGGACAAAUAGAGAAAUUAUACUCAAGAAUUAUAAGACUUCAAAAGCUGUUAAAGAAUGAAACCAUUACACAUCUAUCAAUACUAAAGGAACUUUUAAAUACAAAUAUUUCAUCAAAGUAUGAAAAAAUAUUUGAAAUGAAACAUUUAACUACCAUAGAGAAAAGAUUCGAAUACCUAAAGAGCCAAAAUCAGAACCAAACCGAUAUAUUAAAACUAAUGGGAAUCCGAGAUGCCAAUGAAAUCAAUCUUUUUCCAGAUGAAUAUUCACCAAAUGUAUCAUUGAAAAUAUUAGAAAAAAUAUCUGAAAAAGAAAAGUGCAUGGAACCAAUUAUAAAUUACUAUAAUGAAAAAUAUUUAUAUGGUUUUAAAAUAACCACAAAUCUCAUUAAUUGGUUUAUCCCUUCAGCAAUAGAAGACUACCUAAAACAAUCUAAAAGACACGCAGAUAAAAGCGGCAAUAUAGAGCGCUAUAUCAUAGAUAUUUUAACAUUAUGUAAUAAACAACAUAUCAAACUUGAAUACAUUUCAUUAAAAAGUAAUAACCAAUUAGUGUCAUCUCAACUAAGCUACCUUCUUUGUGAAAAUGUUCAAAGUAUCAAUAUAUCAAACUGCAAUAAUCCCAGCUUUAAUAAUUUUAACCAUACCAGUUUGUUAAGACCCCUCAUCAAAUUUAAUUUGGCAAAAACAAUUAUAUUGAAUAACAAUUCUAAUCUUUCAUCGAUAAAAAUACAAGCCCCAUCUUUAGAAUAUUUCAGCUGUGCAGGAAACAAAAAACUAGAGGAUUUUGAACUAUAUUCACCCAAAGUAGAGAAUCUUUUCUUUUCUGGUGGCACUUUAAACCAAACCAAACUAAAAAAAUCCAAAAUUUUUGAAUUCAUCAACUCAAAUUUCAAAAACUUUGAAAAAGUUCACACUAUAGACAUUGGCGACAAUGAAUUUGACUCCUAUAUAAAGAAAAAAGAAUUCUUGGACUGCUUUGACCGUUUUAUUAAAAAAAAUACACAUAUUAUUUUUAAUAAAGAAAUUAUCAAAAUUGGUGUAUUGGAUUCCUAUCAUCACAAUCAUAGGGAAAAUAGUUCAUCAUAUAAAAGUGAAAAUGAUCUGAAUAUCAAAACAUUAACAAGCCAUAACUAUAUAAAAGUAACCAAUAGAUCCGAUAAAGAAAGAUUCAAUAAGAUAUACCACUACAAAAAUACAAUUUUUCAUAUGGAUUACAGGUUAAAUUAUUGCUUUGGUCCAGAUGAAACUAUCUCGUUGGGUCUAAUCAUUUUCAAUCCUAAUAUUUUCGAAGUACCAAAUUUAAAGAUAUCAUACAGUACUCUUAAUAGCUCAAAAACACCUUUUAUCUUGUUUGGAAUAACAAAACAGAAACCAAACGAUAGAUCAAUACAAUUAUUAGAAACUUUAAAACAAGAUUGCAAUCUAAUUUAUAGAUUUGAUGUAAAUACAACAAGUGAUGAAGAAGAUAUUAUAAAUGAAAUAUUUGAUUAUUUUAUUAAUAAAAUAAUGAAAACAGAUAAUAUUACAGAUAAUACUAAUAAUAGCAAUAGUGAUAACAAUAGUAAUAAUAGCAAUGAUGUUAAUAUAAGCAAUAAUUCUAUUACUAUAAGCGCAAAUAAAUAA